UACGGAUAACACUACCAAGAAUACCAGGCUUCCUACUGUUAGCUAAAUCAUAAAGACAGCAUGUUUUCUCCCAUUUUAUGCUGUCUUUCACCUUCAGCUAGACAAUAAUAAUAUUCUAUCCUAAUUAUUACAUGUUGCCUUCCUAGCUAGCUAGCUGAUGAUCACCAAACGUACUGUCAAAUAUACCUGAUCUUCCUAAUUUGAUCUCCUCCUCGAGCCAUGAUCAGUAUGAUGACAUCCAAGAAGACGAGAGGCUUCAUGUGCCAGUCUCCGGCAGCAACUGCAGUGUGCAUGGCCAGCGAUUCUCGCUCGGUGAUAGUGCCCAGAAGGUCUGGGAGAACUCUGAAUGACAAUAAACGGUUAAUCAAAAAUGCCAAGUACUACUCUAAGCUUCAUGUUGAUCUGUCCCCUGGGCUCGUUCUGGGUAAUAAGAGAUCAUCGGAGUCUGUGCCACGCAUAAAACGAGGUGGAGUACAAGAAACGGACCACGAUCAUCAGGCAAAGGCCCUAGUACAGAAACAUUCUUCAUUGGCUCCCUCGGACCAUGUCUUCCAGGUUGUUGUGAUGCGUGUAUCAAUUCAUUGUCAAGGCUGUGCUGGCAAAGUUAAGAAGCAUCUGUCCAAAAUGGAAGCAGGGGUUACAUCGUUCAGUAUAGACGUAGAGACAAAGAGAGUGACGGUGAUGGGACACGUUUCACCAGUUGGAGUCCUGGAGAGCAUCUCAAAGGUGAAGAAGGCAGAGUUCUGGCCAUCAUGUUAAUGAUCAUUGAUCAAUGCAGAUGCAUCCAUCGAUCCCAUGCCAUCAUUGCCAUGCUACAUUAUAAUAUUUACCUGAAAUGGAAGCUAUAUAUAAAGGAGAAGGACAUGAAGUUUGCGCAGUAGUUCCAAUUAAUUAAUUAAUUAAUUAAUCUCAUGAAGCUAGCUUUAAAUCUCCGUCUUUUUGGUUUUACUUUAGGUACUGCAUGCAUGUCUGUUAAUUUUGGUGGUCCAGGAAGAAAACCCAUAUAUGAUGCAAAAGGCCGUGGCCAGAAUUAAUAUUCCA